AUGGCUCCUGGAAACAUGACCCGGAUCACUGAGUUCAUUCUCACAGGGGUCUCAGAGCGUCCGGAGCUGCAGCUUCCCCUCUUCUUCGUCUUCCUGGGCAUCUAUGGGCUGACCGCGGCGGGAAACCUAGGCAUCAUCACCCUCACCACUGUGGACCCCAGACUGCAAACCCCCAUGUACUUCUUCCUCCGCCACCUGGCUGUCAUCAACUUCGGCAACUCCACUGUCAUCGCCCCUAAGAUGCUGAACAACCUCUUAGCAAACAAGAAAACGAUUUCAUACUAUGCCUGCGCCACUCAGCUGGGAGGAUUCCUGGUUUUCAUUGUGGUUGAGAUCUUCAUGCUGGCCGUGAUGGCCUACGACCGCUAUGUGGCCAUCUGCAACCCCCUACUCUACAAGGUGGUGGUGUCUCCGCGGGUCUGCCUGCUGCUGGUGUCUCUCACCUACCUCUAUGGCCUUUUCACAUCCAUUGUGUUUACACUUUGUGUAUUCUCUCUGUCUUUCUGCUCUUCCAACAUCAUUAAUCAUUUUUACUGUGAUAUUACACCCCUAGUAGCAUUGUCCUGCUCGGAUACCUAUGUUACAGAAAUACUUGUCUUUCUGUCUGCAGGGACAAAUUUAAUUUCUUCCAUAACGAUAGUUGUGAUUUCCUAUUUCAACAUUGGCCUAUCUAUUCUAAAGAUACAGUCAUCAGAAGGGAGGAAGAAAGCUUUUUCCACCUGUGGCUCACAUAUGACAGCUGUCACGGUUUUCUAUGGGACACUGCUGUUCAUGUAUCUACAGCCGGGGACCAACCACUCCCUAGACACUGAUAAAGUGGCUUCUGUGUUCUAUACCCUCGUGAUCCCUAUGCUGAACCCCAUGAUCUACAGCCUGAGAAACAAGGAUGUGAAGGCAGCCUUACAGAGUUUCGUGAGAAACUCAUGUGGUUCCUGUAAGCAAAUGUAA